GCACAGCGGUGAGUGACAGUCCUGAUCCACGGUAGCGGCUCUGCAGCAACAAGACCGGAGCAGGGCAAGGCAGGGGUGGGGGAACAGAGAGACAACACACUGAAGCCGGGAAGGCUCUGUGCUGUGUAGUAUGUGGGAUUAAACCGCUCAGACAGCGCUUGGAAACACUAGCAGCAGUCCUUAGUAGUAGUAGUAGUAGUAGUAGUAGUAGUUGUGGAGAGUAGGGGGAGCUCCGCGCCGAGCUGUACCGCAUGUGCUCGCCCGUGUGGAAAACUUGCGCCUGCCUGCCUGUCGAACAGAAAAACAACCCAAACAAGAGGAAAACUAACGAUAGCUGCAGUCGCCAACAAACCCUGGUUCUGGUUUAGGAUCUGGGACUCGCAGUAGCAGCAACCCAAACCGACCCUUGCUUCCCCUCUCACAUGCCUGCGUUGGCAUGCGAGAGAGGGAGGGGAGCGGAGCCAGGGGACGUUUGAUUUACCUCUCAAAACUUGCAGAAAUACUACUACUACUACAAUACUACAAACGAGUUUAUUUUAGUGGAAAAUAAAGGACAUAUCGCGUGUCAUGGAUAGCCAAGCGGGUGACCUCCAGAGCUGCGAGGACGUGCGGAAGAGCGGCUACCUCCGCAAGCAGAAGUCCAUGCACCGGCGGUACUUCGUGCUCCGCGCCGCUUCGGAACGUGGCCCGACCCGCCUGGAGUACUACGAGAGCGAGAAGAAAUUCCGCAGCAAGGCCCCCGUCCCGAAGAAAGCGGUGGCGCUGGAGACGUGCUUCAACAUCAACAAGCGGGCCGACUCCAAGAACAAGCACAUGAUCGUGCUGUACACCCGGGCUGAGAGUUUCGCCAUCGCCGCGGAGAAUGAGGCGGACCAGGACGAGUGGUACCAGGCCAUGGUGGACCUGCAGUGCAAAAGUAAAAUCCCCACUGACAAUGAAGAAGGGGGGGACUAUGGCGUGCCCAACCCCGGGCCUGCAUUCAAAGAGGUUUGGCAGGUGAAAGUGUGGCCCAAAGGCCUGGGUCAAGCCAAGAACUUGGUGGGCAUCUAUCGCCUUUGCCUGACUGACAAGACUGUCAAUUUUGUCAAGCUCAACUCUGAUGCUGCUGCCGUAGUGCUGCAGCUGAUGAACGUCCGACGCUGCGGCCAUUCAGAAAACUUUUUCUUUGUCGAGGUGGGGCGCUCAGCCGUGACAGGCCCGGGCGAGUUCUGGAUGCAGGUGGAUGAUUCGGUGGUGGCCCAGAACAUGCAUGAAACCUUGCUAGAAGCUAUGAAGGCGCUGAGUGAGGAGUUCCGCCAACGCAGCAAGUCACAGUCAAACUCUGGCCCUGGAGGAGGUGCUACUGCUUCUAACCCCAUCAGUGUUCCCUCACGGCGCCAUCACCCAAACCCUCCUCCCAGCCAGGUGGGCUUCACCCGUCGGCCCCGAACUGAACCUCCGGGGGGAGUUAACAGUGGAGCGGGGGUCAACAGUGCCAAUGCUUCUCCCACCCCACGGCAUAGCUUUCCAAGGUCUCCCACUGCUAGUGAUGGGGGGAAAAGUGAGGAUGGAAUAGCAGGCAGCACACCACUCCAAGGAUCGUGCUCCAGCCCAUCCACAAAUGGCUCUUGCUCGACCACCCCAAUCCUCAGGUCAAAGUCAGCCCGUUCAGCUGCCACCACAGCUGCUAAAACUUCUCUUGGGUUGAUGCGUUCCAUUUCUACACCAGCGCCAUCUCCAGCCCCAAGCCUCUCGUCUAGCUCUGGGCAUGGCUCUGAGUUUGGAGGCGUGACAUCUGCUAGUGCUGGUCCAGGGUCUGGUGCCUAUAGUCAUGUUCCCUCCCAUCACGCCUCUGUCUCAGGCUCACCAAGUGACUAUGGUUCUUCGGAUGAGUAUGGCUCUAGUCCUGGGGAUCACACUCUCCGAGCAUCCCCGAGCCUCCCUGGAAGCUCUGUUGGUAGCGCUGGGAGUCACUCCCAUGGUGAGGAGGGAGCCAACUAUAUCCUGAUGGGCCAACGUAGUGGUGGCAGUGGUAGCAGCAGUAACCAAGGGAGCUUGACAUGUGGAUCCUUGCCAGCACCCGGAACACCAGCAUGUGGCUCCCAGCCACAAACCAGGAGAGUGCUGUGCCGCUCCUCCAGCCGCGAAUGUGAUACCGAACGUAGGCUGUUAAGCAAGCGGGCUUCAUUACCUCCUAUGGCCCUGGAGAGGCUGGCCCCACGUCAGCGCAGAGCUGAGGAGCAGGCCGAUGAAGAUUCAGCCAAUUAUGCCAUCAUGUCCAGAAGCACCAGCCGCGAGUCCUUUGCUUCCACCUCCUCUUCCACACUGAGGGAAUCUGUCAUGUGUGCUGGGUCAGCAGGGGGAGGUGGAGAGUACUUGGAUGUGGCGGGUGAGUUCAGAAGUGAAGUGGGUGGAGGAGCAGGUGGUAGUGUAGAAAUAGGUGUGGACACUGGGUACAUGUCCAUGCUGCCUGGCGUCACUCAGCCUCCAGUAUCCCUGUCCCAAUCAUUGGCUGUCUCUGUUCCAGACUUGGAUUCCAAACCUCCUGAUGACUACAUGGCCAUGACCCCGAACAACAGCGUGUCCCCACCACAGCAAAUCCGCCCUCCACCACCUUCUGAUGGGUAUAUGAUAAUGUCCCCCAAUAGCAGCUGCUCCCCUGAUCAGCGUGGAGGUCUCUCUGGAGGGGCUUGGGUGGGCAGUGAUAGUGCAGACAGUAGGGCAGGCAGUGACUAUAUGAACAUGUCUCCAAUAAGUGCACGUUCUGUAAAUGGCAGCCCCCCACCUCCUGAGCACACAGUUCAUUUGGAGACAAGUUCUCAACAGCAAACCCCCAAGAUGGUGUAUUCUUACUAUUCCCUUCCCCGCUCAUAUAAACAUAACCCCUCUGCUGGACACUUUGAGGAUGUGCCUGGACGAGGCAGAAGGCCCAGUGGUAGUUGUAGUAGGGGAAUGGGUGGAGGUAGGACUAUGGGGGGGGCGCGUCAAGAGCAAACAGUAGCAGGCAAUUCAGUAGUUGGACGCCACCUAUCACUCUCCUCUUCCUCAUACUCCUCCAGCUCAGCCAGCAGCGAGAGCCUUGGGGAGAGUGAGGACCGUGCUACACAGGCAGUGAGCACCAUUGCUGGGGGAGCUCAGUCCAAAGAUGGGAGUAAGCUCCAGCAGAAACAAGGCUCUGGUGGUUUGUCCAAGCAGGGUAACCAUAGUAGGAGCAGACCAGUGAGCCUGUUUGUUGAUGUAUCCAAGGCUAACACCCUUCCUAGGGUCCGUGAAAAUCCCCUGCCCCCAGAACCUAAGAGCCCUGGGGAGUAUGUAAGCAUUGAGUUUAAGGGGGAGAAGAGCAGCAAGACUGGGGUUGGAGGAGGGCGGGGCAGAGGUCUCAGGCAGGGCUUAUCACUGCCUCAUGGCUCAAGCAGCAAGUAUCCUCAACACAGGCCAACGUCUUGCUUAGGGAACUUUACCCCCCUCUCUCUUAGCCCCUCUGCCCCCAUUACCCCCCCAGCUGCCUCUGAGUAUGUCAACAUGGACUUGGGCCCAUCCCCGUCCCCCUCACCACACUCCCUUACCCCACUAGUUUUCCCCUCUUUCCAUACCCCUCCCACGCCACCAACUCUUUCUCAUGCCCCCAAAGCCUGUGUUAAGGGAACUACUGGCCCUGAAGAGGGGGCCGAAGUGGCCGAGGCCCCACUUAGGAAAAGCAGAGAAAGUGCCCCAUCAGUGUCUGAGUCUGAGUCCCCAACAUCCUGUGGAGACUACACUGAGAUGGCCUUCCCUAGGUCAUCAUCUAGUGUCUCCCCCAAAGCCCUGUCCCCCACCAGGACUGAUCCUUCUGUUCCAGUGCUGUCACGAGGUCUAGAUUUCCCCCUAGCCAAACCUGGACCCAACCCAGACCACGGGGCUAAAGUUAUCCGGGCCGACCCCCAAGGACGCAGACGCCACUGCUCAGAAACUUUCCUUGCCCCGCCUUCCCUCCCCACCGCUAUUUCUACUUCCUCUUCUUCUACUGCCUCCCUCUUUCCGGAACACGCCCAAGCUGUGGCCCGCCGGCUGGGUUUUGAAAGCAUGCUGUGGGGGAAUGGUGUUGUGACUAAUAAUCCCACUCAGUUCACCCUCCCUGGACAGCAGUCCCUUCCCACAAACACUCAGACUUUUUCCACAGAGCAAGGCCUUAACUACAUAGACUUGGACUUGGCUAACAAAGAAGGCCAACAUUUGGGCCAGGAUGGACCUUCAGGUAGCCAGGCCCCCUCUCGCCUCUUCUCUGUACUGGGUGGAGGUUCUGGGGUCGGGGGAGUGGGCGCACCAGUCGGCAGCAACAACAGCAGCAGCAGCUCAACACUCAACACAUAUGCCAGCAUUGACUUCUACAAAUCAGAGGAGCUGCGAACGCAUCAGAAUGGAAACAAGGAGGGUACAGAGUGCUGAUGUCAGUGUGUCAUCCUUUGGGAAACAAUCUGGUGCCACUCAUAGAACUUCAAAGCUUCGCCUGUUCCUUUUGUGACAACCAAUCACAUGGGCAACUGGAUCGGACACACCCCUGAAGCACUUUGAUAGACUGAUGGAAAACGUUUUUUCCUUUUUCUUUUUUCUUCGCUUUCAUCUUGUUGGUUGUGUAAACCAUAUUGGAUACGUGCCAAAUGACAUUCUUGAAAAGCUAUUUGCUGCUCUCAUUCCUUGAGUGAAAGUCAAUCAGAGAAGGGUAAAAAAAAUGUUUUAAGUGUUUUAAUUUUUGAUUAUUUUUCCAAGAAAAAAAUCCUAAUCAUUAAGAAAAUAAUGGUCGCUAUUUAGUGUAUGAAAAAGAAAAUGAAUAGAAUUAUAUAUCUGCUCAAAAAGUGCCUCAGUUUCAGAUUGUAGCCAUUUUUACAAGAAGUUCAACUUAGAAUGAAUUACUGAAACUUUGGGUUCAGUUUGUGUGUGCUUGAUAUAGAUAAGACUAGCACUGGUGUGUGCUUUUGCUGUCUUCAUGUCGUAUGGGAUGAGACUGUUGUUUCUAACCUUGUGAGCAACAGUUGGACGUGAUUACAGUGUUAGGGAGUCAUGUGAGGGUUAAAAAUACUGUGCUUGGUCAAUAUAACACCAGUGAAAUGUACUCCUGUGCCAUUGAGCUCCAAAUCAGAUAGAGAGAUUCGAUGUUGACAUGAACAAUAUUUACAAGUCAGAAAAUGGAAAUCACAAUAAAUCCAAUAUGACGUGAAUGCAGCAUCUUGGCUAUUGAUAAUGGUAGUAGCCAGUCUGCCGGCCUUCAUCUCGACUUUGAGAAAUAUUAGAGUAGCCUGUGUUAGUGACACAGUCAGCUCAUUAUAACCUUUUUCUUUCUGGUAACUUUUUAACAAAGCCAUACACCUAAAGUAUUAAAGACACAGGCACUAGGUAGCAGGGGGUGCAAUAGCUUGCUAGUUAGCUAAAGCCAGCUAGGUCAGAUUAACAUAUUAGCAUCGUGCCAGAACGUGAAUUCAGAGUCCGGUCCUGCUGACCACAGCUCAGGAUGAGAGCCCUAAUACAGAGCCAGGCAAUCCCAUUAGUGCUAUUAGCACUAGACACUAGUGUCUUGUUAAAUCCACUUUGUCUCAGGAUGCUAAAUAACACUAGGUACGUACAGUUGAGGAUAGAAACACUAUCAAUAGCCAUGCUAAUGCUAACCUGGUUAUGGUUAGCACACUGCUUUAAACACCGGAAAUGGGGGUCAGUUCUUAUUUCAAUUCUGUUGGUAUGAAAUAAUAAAUUAAAGUGCUAAUUUGUUCUAAGUUAUUUUAUACAUUAAGGUACAAAACAUUUGAAGAUUUUACACUUAAAAAAUUUUAAACUGGUUGAAUAGAAAGUGCUUUGACCCUGAAGGCCUCUUUAAGAGGCCUUUCUGUCUUUUGCUUAGCUCUUACUUUAAUCUUUGCUGUGCAUCAGCACUUAAGUGCCUGUUUGUCCUUUUUAUCCUUCUGUCUCUCUGCCCCGUCUAAGCAGCUAGCACUAAUAGGGCUGUUCUUGCAGAAUAUAUUAGUCUAUUUUUGUGUCUAUUUUAGCUAAACAGUUCUCAUGAAAUAACUUGUGUAUGUUUGUUCGAUGUGAUUAUGAUGACAAUGAUGAUCAGAUGACUUGACUGACAGCAAGGGCCUAAUCGGAGGAGUUUGGACUGUUUGUCUUUGCCGGUAAUGGAGGACUUAAUUGUCACAGGGCCGUAAGUGCAAAAACACAACACCAACAAACAAACAAAAAGACUAAGCUAUUACAGCACCUCAAGAAGCAACCUUAAGCUCUCAUGUCUGGAUGUAUUGCUUUGUUUUGUUUUAAAAAUGUAACCUUUUGUGUUCCCCGUUGUUUUCUUUUGCAGCAGGGGUGAGAACUGUGACAUAUCUGGCUUGCUAAUGUGACUCUUGGAGAUAAAGGUCAUUGUGAGGACUUGCGUACGCUUUAACCUUGAAUUUUUCUACAACUUUGACCAGAGGAUUAAAAAGAAAUGCUUGAUGAGAAAGAAAAAUCCACCACGAUAAAAACUAAAGGUCUGAAUACAUGUGCAUCUAGUAUGUAGCUCCACAUUGUAUUUGUCUGCCUGUCUAUGGAGGUUCAUGAACAUGCUCACUCUGGUCAGAUGACUUUCAGGGCCGAGAACAUAACAAUGCAGCUUUAUUAUGGGCAGAUUGGGAUCUUUGGUUGGAAUUGCCUCUAAUAGGAGUUACUAAUUCAUAAGAGGGAUAAAACCAAGUGGACUUUAAACCAGAUUCAGCACUUUCAUGCAGACUUGCAGACAAACACAUGAUGUUGAAGUGUUUCUAAUGUCUUUUGAAGAUGUUAUCUUGUUGGGAUUUAGCAGUUUUCAGCCAAAUGCUUGAAGGUAAAAAUAAUAAUAAUAAUAAUGAUGUUUAUUUAUAGAGCACUUUUAAAAUUCCACAAAAAAUUGCAAAAAUAAAUAUCAAAGUCGUAAAAUCACCAGGUUUUUAAAGAAAAGAAAUGAAUGGUGUAUAAAAACCAAUACAGGAUAGGAAAAGCUAAGAAUAGGAAAAGAAUAUAUGGUGCCGCUGGAAUAGACAACAGACCUCUGCCUGAGGAUCUCUGAGUAGUGUUGGCGCAUACUGUACUAAAAGGUCAGAGAAAUACUGUAGUGGGGAGAGAGGCCAUGAAGAGCCUUAAAACUAAUUGGUAAAAUCUAUUCUAAAACAUUUUGGGACCCAGUAUAAAGAGGCUAAAACUGGAGUACUCACAUCUCUUGGUUCUGGUUUAAAGCCUUGCAGUAAUGUUCUGUACAGUCUGGAGACGAUCAAUAGAGCUUUAGUUCAGGCAAGUAAAAAGGCUGCUGCAGUAAUCUAGGCGCUAUUUACCGGUAGUUUAGAAAGAGACUUGUCAAUCCUGACAAGCUGACAUUAUUAUCCUGUCAUAUAAAGCCCCCUUUGAGCUCAGAGCAUCUCAUGAAUGUUUUGAAUGUUUUACUUUGUCUAACUGCCUGCCGUCAGGAACUGUCUUCCUUUGAGUACUUGAUGGUCACAGCCACAUAUCAAAACUAAAGUUCCUUUGGGAGACCUCAGACGGACAGGGUUAAAGAGUUUAAAGUGAUUUUAUUCACUGCGUUGUUUGCGAGGUGUUCAUAAAAUGUGCAGAAAAGUUCUGCUGCUGUUCUAAAUUCUAAAAAUCUCUUCCUCCUUUUCCCUCAAGGGAUGGUACUGAAUGGGAAUAUUUUGAGAUUUUCCAUUGAUGUAGAAUGUUUUACUUCUGUUGCUUUAAGAGAAAAA